CACACUGAGGAGACGCAGCACUACUUUUCCACUGAUUUUGCUUUUGUGUGCUUCAGAAGUUGCAUUCCAGAGGUACAGUAUUACAUUCUCAGGUAGGCUGAACUUCAGUCAACACUCAUGUCUCUGAAUCGGGUUCAUACGACGGACACUGGGCAGUCUGCGGAGUGCUCUGUGGAGUAUUCAGGCCAGAUUCCCAGUGAUCCCAGUUAUGAGGCAGGCCGGAGCCGUGAAGUGACCACGCUCCAGUCCAGGUGCUGCUACUGCCUGCCGCGCGCCGUGCGCCUCACCUUCACGCCCGAGUCGCUGGAAAGGAUCUAUCAGAACUACUUCCGCCGGCAGAGGCAGGAGAACCUGCUGGUGCUGGUGGUUUUUGCCGCCCUCUUCAACAGCUUCAUCAUCGUCAUGUGUGCGGUGUUGUACACAGACGACAAGCUGGCCACGGUGGUGGUCGCUGCCGUGGGUCUGGCUGCAGACGUUGUGCUGUACGCACUGUGCAGGUUGCAGAAACUCCCCAAGACCCCCGUCUCACGCGGGGCAGUGCCGUACAUACUGUGGCUGAUGGUCACCGUCCACGUUUUAUGCUACAUGGGGUUGAACUACGAGCGCUUCCCGCAGGCCAGCGACUCGGUGGGCUGGCAGGCCUUCUUCAGUUUCUCCAGCUUUCUGACUCUGCCGCUGAACCUGGUGCCCCUCGUGCUGCUCACCGCCCUCUCCUGUGGGAUUCACACCCUCGUCCUGGGGGUGACUGUGGCUCAGAGGUUUGAGGACAACGUGCAGGGGCCCAUGCUGGUGAGACAGCUCCUCGCCAAUGUGAUGCUGUACGCGUGUGCAGCCAUAGUCGGGGUGAUGGCGUACUACAUGGCAGAUAGAAAAUACAGGACGGCAUUUCUGGAAGCUCGUCAGUCGCUGGAGGUCAAACUGACACUAGAGGAGCAGAGCACCCAGCAGGAGGAACUGUUACUGUCCAUCCUGCCCAAACACAUCGCUGAUGAGAUGCUGCAGGGCAUGAAGAACCAGGCCGAUCAGAGCGAAGUCCAGCAGCAGCAGCAGCAGUUCAACACUAUGUACAUGUACCGCCACGAAAACGUCAGCAUCCUCUUUGCAGACAUCGUGGGCUUCACUCAGCUGUCCUCAGCCUGCAGCGCCCAGGAGCUCGUAAAGCUGCUGAAUGAGCUGUUUGCCCGCUUCGAUAAACUGGCAGCACAAUACCACCAACUGAGGAUUAAGAUUCUUGGAGAUUGUUACUACUGCAUCUGUGGGCUUCCUGACUUCCGGGAGGACCAUGCUGCCUGCUCCAUAAUGAUGGGACUCGCAAUGGUCGACGCCAUUUCGUAUGUGCGGGAGAAGACUAAAACGGAGGUGGACAUGCGUGUGGGUGUCCACACGGGCACGGUGCUGGGAGGAGUGCUGGGCCAGAAACGCUGGCAGUUUGACGUUUGGUCCACUGACGUGACCGUGGCCAACAAGAUGGAAUCUGGAGGGAUUCCAGGGAGAGUGCAUAUUUCCCAGACGACUAAAGACAGCCUGCACGGGGAAUUCGAACUGGAAGCGGGUAACGGAGGGGAUCGAUGCGAGUACCUGCUGGAGAAAGGCAUCGACACAUACUUGGUUUUGGUUCCCAAGCAAGCGGCAAACGGGCUUAACGGAAAUACGCCGGCCACUUUGACCAACAGAAACUCAAAUCAGUUGAUCAAUACAACAGCCACCAGCGGGAACACGGCCUCACACCAAUCUACACCCACCGAGCCAAAGCAGGAGAGGAGCAAAACGGUACAGGAACAAGUGAUCAACAGACGACUGCAGCAGGAGCUGCUUGAGAGAGAAUCUCAGCAAAUAAUGAAAGAUCAUCAGAUCAACCCUUUUUCAUUGCGUUUUGUGGAUGGAAAGUUGGAGGAACAUUACUCCUCGGAGAAGGAGAAGAGAAGUGGAGCAGCCUUCAGCUGCUGCAACAUCGUGCUGUUCUUCAUCACAGCGAUGGAGGUGUUCAUAGACCCGCUGCUGGUCGUGAACUAUGUGACUCUUGCCAUUGGAGAGGUGUUGUUGCUCAUCCUGACAGUCUGCUCCCUGGCUGCCAUCUUCCCCAGGAUGUUCUCUAUGAAGUUAGUGUCAUUUUCCAUGUGGAUUGAUCGUACUCGAUGGGCAAGAAACACGUGGGCCAUGGCAGCCAUAUUUGUUCUGACAAUGGCUGUGAUUGCUGACAUGUUAAGUUGUGUCCCGCCGUCUCUUCGCCUCUACAACAGCACGUCCGGCCCCAUGCUGGAGUCGUUCGGCGACCGGGGCUGCGCCGAGAAUCCGAAGCACUACAGCUACAUGGCGGUCAUGGCGCUGAUCGCCACGGCCAUGCUGGUGCAGGUCAGCCACCUGAUUAAACUGGGCCUCAUGGUGCUCGUUGUCACAGCAACUGGAGCUGUGAACAUCUACAGCUGGCGGGACAUAUAUGAUCUGUAUGACUUCAUACAGUUUGCUUCCUACAGAACAUCCAUUGUGCCGUCCAAGUACCUCAUGACCAUGAUGAUUAUUGUCAUGAUGAUCAGCUUUUACCUCUUUGCUCGCCAUCUGGAGCAUCAGUCCAGACAGCUGUUUCUGUGGAAGAUAGGCAUACAUGACCAGAAAGAGAGGGUGUUUGAAAUGAGACGCUGGAAUGAAGCACUGGUCACCAACAUGCUGCCGGAUCACGUGGCCAAACACUUCCUGGGCUCAAAGAAGAGAGACGAGGAGCUGUACAGUCAGUCUUAUGAAGAGAUAGGAGUGAUGUUUGCCUCCAUUCCCAACUUUUCUGAUUUCUACACCGAGGAGAGCAUCAACAAUGGAGGCAUCGAAUGUCUCCGGAUUCUCAAUGAGAUCAUUUCAGACUUUGACAGCUUAUUGGACAGGGACGAGUUUCGGUGCAUCACUAAGAUCAAGACAAUCGGAAGCACCUACAUGGCCGCCUCGGGACUCACGCCAGAGAGCAGCACUAAUGGAUACUGCAAGAAAGAGACUCUGUCACAGAUUGAGCGCUGGCAGCAUCUCGCUGACCUGGCAGACUUUGCCCUGGCUAUGAAGGUCACCCUCGGAAACCUCAACAAACAGUCAUUCAAUAACUUCAUGCUUCGAAUCGGUUUGAAUAAAGGAGGCGUUCUCGCUGGGGUGAUUGGAGCUCGGAAGCCUCAUUAUGAUAUUUGGGGAAACACAGUCAACGUGGCCAGCAGGAUGGAGUCAACUGGAGUGAUGGGAAACAUCCAGGUGGUGGAGGACUGCUACAAUAUCCUGAAGGAUUAUGGCUUCCGCUUCAUCCGAAGAGGGCCCAUAUUUGUCAAAGGGAAAGGAGAGCUGCUUACGUAUUUCAUGAAAGGCAAAGACAAACCCAGUAAAAACGGUGGCCCAAUGACGUCUGCUCUCCCACAUCAAGUUGGAGACCAUUCCUGACUGUUUUCAUAUCCGGAGCGAUUACAGAUGGGCCAAAGUGGAAAAUCACUCUUGCUC